AUGGGCAAGAUGGACAACACUUCCGUGGAGCUGAGCUCUCCCUCUGAGGUGAAGCAGGCAGCCCUGGAGGAGCCAGAGCCCAUCAGCCCUGAGGUUGUGAGCACCAAGAAGAAGAAGAAGGAGAUCCCAGACAGAGGUUCCUGGAAGGGGAAAUUUGACUUCUUGCUGUCCUGUGUGGGCUAUGCUAUUGGUCUGGGCAACGUCUGGCGCUUCCCUUAUCUCUGUGGCAAAAAUGGAGGAGGGGCCUUCCUCAUCCCCUAUUUCCUGACACUAGUGUUUGCUGGGAUUCCUCUCUUCCUGCUGGAAACUGCUCUGGGCCAGUAUACCUCUGUUGGUGGACUAGGAGUCUGGAGAUUAGCACCCAUGUUCAAAGGCGUUGGACUGGCGGCUAUGGUUCUGUCCUUCUGGCUGAACAUCUACUACAUUGUCAUCAUUGCCUGGGCUCUCUACUAUCUCUUCAACUCCUUCACUGCGGACCUGCCGUGGCAGACCUGUGGGAAUGCCUGGAACACAGACCGCUGCUUCUCCAACUACUCCCUGAACGACACCACCAACCUCACCAGCGCUGUCACCGAGUUCUGGGAGAGGAACAUGCACCAGAUGUCCGGAGGCCUGGGGGAGCCUGGCACCAUCCGCUGGCCCCUGGCUGGCACGCUGGCCCUGGCCUGGCUGCUGGUCUACUUCUCCAUCUGGAAAGGUGUGGAGUGGACAGGCAAGGUGGUGUAUUUCUCAGCCACCUACCCCUACUUCAUGCUUUUCAUCCUAUUGUUCCGGGGAGUCACGCUGCCAGGAGCCAAGGAGGGGAUUCUUUUCUACCUCACACCUGACUUCAGGAAGCUCUCUGACUCUGAGGUCUGGAUGGACGCAGCCACACAGAUCUUCUUCUCCUAUGGCCUGGGGCUGGGCUCCCUCAUUGCUCUGGGCAGCUACAACACUUUCCACAACAAUGUCUACAGAGACUCCAUUAUUGUCUGUUGUAUAAACUCCACCACAAGCAUAUUUGCUGGAUUUGUUAUUUUCUCUAUCAUUGGUUUCAUGUCUCACAUCACAAAGAAGUCGGUGUCAGAGCUGGCCUCCUCAGGGCCUGGACUGGCUUUCCUCGCCUACCCGCAGGUUGUCACACAGUUGCCCUUGUCCCCACUCUGGUCAAUCCUCUUCUUCUCCAUGCUGAUGAUGCUGGGUCUGGACAGUCAGUUCUGCACUGUGGAAGGGUUCAUUACAGCCCUGAUGGAUGAGUAUCCUCAAGUCCUAAGAGCCAGGAAGAAGAUCUUUAUCGCAGUAGUCUGCUUCAUCUCUUAUCUCAUUGGAUUCUCCAACAUCACCCAGGGUGGCAUUUAUGUCUUCAAGCUGUUUGAUUACUACUCAGCCAGUGGCAUGUGUCUUCUUUUUCUUGUCUUCUUUGAGACCAUCUCAAUUUCUUGGUGUUAUGGUGUGAACAGGUUUUACAGGAACAUUGAAGAAAUGAUUGGCUACAAGCCUUGCAUCUGGUGGAAGAUCUGCUGGGCCUUCUUCACACCUCUUGUCUGCCUGGGUGUGUUCUUCUUUAGCGUGGUGGAAAUGACCCCUCUGACACUGGGAAAAUACGUCUAUCCUGUGUGGGGACAAGGCAUCGGUUGGCUCAUGGCCCUGUCCUCCAUGCUUCUGAUUCCAGGGUACAUGCUGUACUCUUUCUUCACCUCAACAGGAACUCUCCAGCAGCGUUUGCAGCAGAUGACGCAGCCCAGGCCAGAGGUGCAUGCUCAGAACAAUGGUCUCCAGCCGAAGACGUCCUUGAAUGGGAGGAUCUCAGAUGAUGCCGUGUAG